AGCUCUGCGACGAUGCUAACCUGGUGGAGAACGAGUAUUUCUUCGACCGGAGCUCACAGGCAUUUCGCUACAUCCUGAAUUAUUACCAGACAGGAAGGUUGCAUGUGAUGGAGCAGCUGUGCGCCCUCUCCUUCCUGCAGGAGAUCCAGUACUGGGGUCUGGAUGAGCUCAGCAUCGACUCCUGCUGCAGAGACAGGUACUUCAGGAGGAAGGAACUGAGUGAAGCCUUGGAUAUCAAGAAAGAUGCAGAAGAGCUGGAUGCCCAGGAUGAGGAAGAGGAUUUCUCCGGAAGUCUCUGUCCCAGUGUCAGGCAGAGGCUCUGGGAGAUGCUGGAGAAGCCUCGCUCUUCUGUAGCUGCCAGGACUUUUGGCACCCUCUCUAUGGCCUUUGUUGUCGUGUCCAUUGCCAAUAUGGCCUUGAUUUCUGUGGAGCUGAGCUGGUUGGCGCCCCCACUACUGGACGCCCUGGAGUAUGUGUGCAUUGUCUGGUUCACAGCAGAGUUUGCCCUGCGGUUCCUGUGCACACGGGAUCGGUGCCGCUUCCUGAGGAGCGUGGCAAACAUCAUAGACCUGCUGGCCAUUUUACCCUUCUACAUCACCCUGCUGGUGGAGAGCAUGUGCGAUGGGGAGAGCUCUCAAGAGCUGGAGAAUGUGGGGCGUAUCGUCCAGGUGCUGAGGCUGCUCAGAGCUCUGCGUAUGUUGAAGCUGGGCAGACAUUCCACAGGCUUGCGAUCUCUUGGGAUGACUAUUGCACAGUGCUAUGAAGAGGUUGGCCUGCUGCUGCUUUUUCUUUCUGUGGGAAUAUCUAUAUUUUCCACGGUGGAGUAUUUUGUUGAACAAGGUGUCCCUGGCACAACUUUCACAAGUGUGCCCUGUGCAUGGUGGUGGGCAACAACUUCCAUGACAACCGUUGGUUAUGGCGACAUUAGACCAGACACUACCACUGGCAAGGUAGUGGCCUUUAUGUGUAUAUUAUCAGGAAUAUUGGUCUUGGCUUUGCCUAUAGCUAUAAUAAAUGACCGUUUUUCUGCUUGUUAUUUUACACUGAAGAUAAAGGAGGCUGCUCUUCGACAGCGUGAAGCUUUAAAGAAGCUCACAAAGAACACAUCCACUGACUCAAAUAUCAAUGUUAAUUUGCGAGACAUAUAUGCUCGCAGUAUCAUGGAUAUGUUACGGUUAAGAAGCAGAGAGAGAGCAAGCACCAGGAGCAGUGGUGGAGAUGAUUUUUGGUUUUGACUUGUAUAAAAUCUUGUAUAACAUACAGAAUACUUCAAGGUGUAGUAGUGAACAGUAGGACAGCUGCAUUUUACAUUAUUCGCUCUUGCAAUUUUAUUUUCUUGGUGUGUUUAAGAUAACUAGUGUAGGCCAAAGGCAUAACUCAAAAGCUGGGAACUCUCAACAGGCUUUGAAACUAAUUUUCAAAAUUAGUUCUUGAACUGGAAAAAUAUAGGGGACCCAUGAAAGUAAAUCAUGAGCCAAAUCUUUGUCUAUGAAUCUCAUGUCCUUGCUAACAUACAGUAAUAAAGUUUUACACUCUUCCCGCCCCCGCUCAAAAAAAAACAGAGGGAGGAGGAUUUUGGUGGA